UCGAACGCCACGAGAAGACUAACAAGCGCCCCAGCGAGUCAGUUCAAGAUGUCUGCGCCCAUGGCAGGAACGGACCAUUUGUCCCAUAUUGAACAUGUCAUUCUCGUCCUGUCUGGAAAAGGAGGUGUUGGAAAGAGCACAGUGGCUACCCAGAUAGCUCUUGGUCUGAGACAUGCCGGGAAGAAGGUUGGGUUAUUGGAUCUGGACCUAUGUGGACCGAGUAUUCCACGCAUGUUUAACCUGCAAAACCAAGACAUUCAUCAGUGUCCAGAAGGUUGGCUGCCCGUGUUUGUAGACAAGGACCAGCAUUUGUCCGUCAUGUCCAUCGCAUUUCUCCUAGAGGAUGCUAAUGAUGCCAUUGUGUGGAGGGGACCCAAGAAAACAGCCAUGAUCAAGCAGUUCCUCAGCGACGUGGUGUGGCGUGACCUUGAAUAUCUGGUGAUAGACACGCCCCCGGGAACCUCAGACGAACACAUCAGUGUAGUGGAGAGUCUUAAGUCCUACAACCCUGAUGGAGCAGUUCUGGUCACUACGCCACAGGCGGUUGCUGUUGGAGAUGUGAGGAGAGAACUGACUUUCUGUAAGAAGACACACAUUCCAGUCAUUGGUAUCAUAGAGAACAUGAGUGGUUUUGUCUGCCCUCAUUGUACAGAAUGUACCAACAUUUUUUCAAAGGGUGGAGGAGAGGCAUUGGCAAAACAGUUCCAUGUGCCUUUCCUUGGCUGUAUUCCUCUUGACCCCAAGCUGACUCACUGUCUGGAGCAGGGAAAGAACUUCCUGGAGGUGUAUAAUGACACCCCUACUCACAAAGCAUUGGAUGCCGUCAUAGAGAGACUUAUACGCAUUGACCGAGACCUGCCCUGAUCUCAGAGAAUGUCUAACGCCUUGACCUUGGGACCACAACAACUCUUUCGGGCCAGAUAUGGUCUCAAUGAUAGGAUAUAUAGCCAUGCAUGAGAAAAUUAAUGCCAUUGUUGAUUUUGAACACAUAGAAGGAAGUGUUUAUGGUAAUAUUGAUAUUGGAAUUUUAGCACUUGAUAUGAACUGUACAGUGUUGAAGUUGAUAUGCAAAUACAUAGAAUAUUAAAUUAAUGAUAUGUUAAUGUUUUAGUCUAUAUGUUUUUGCUCUGUAUGUAUUGUGAUGUUUAAUUUUGUUCCCAAAAGUCGUGCUCCACUGUGUAAUGAAUUAUGGAUAUAUUAUUCACUUCUAAUAGUCUCUGCUUAGGUCUGACACCUGAGACAAAGUCUCUGCGUAGGUCUGACACAUGUGACAAAGUCUCUGCUUAGGUCCGACACCUGAGACAAAGUCUCUGCUUAGGUCCGACGCCUGAGACAAAGUCUCUGAUUAGGUCCGACGCCUCAGACAAAGUCUCUGCUUUGUUCCGACGCCUGAGACAAAGUCUCUGCGUAGGUCCGACACCUGUGACAAAGUCUCUG